UUGUUUAGAGGAAGACUUACGACUGUCUUUACUACUGACAGACAGACAGACAGACAGACAGACGUGUUGUGCUCGGUCAGCGCUAGCAUCUCGUCAACCUCCCGUCGUUUCAACAUGUCUGACGCACGUAAACCCAAGGACAAACUCUAUGGCUCCUGGGUGAAGGUGGAGAACAAGGAGCCGACGGAGGCGGUGAGUCGCAGGGAGAGUCUAACCGCACCUCCGGACACUUCGUCCCCCAGCCUGCAGGGGGAGCUAGAGAGGAUCCUGCUGGAGGCUCAGCUGGAGUGCGAGCGGAACAGAGACAGUCCUCCCCAGUGGGUGAGUCCCUCCCAAAGUUCAGGGUCUCCCCGGCCCACGAGCAAUCUGGACGGGGACUUCAUUACCAUACAGGAAGAAACAGACCGGAGGGGGGGCUCCGACUGGGUGUGGGACUGGGCGAGCAGACCUGAAAAUGUACCCCUAAAAGACUUUGUGUUCCAGCACCCCAAACAGCAGAGCUCCCUGAGUGUGAGGAAGACGGACGUGAUGAAGAGGGGGAUCUUCUCCUUCGACGUUCUCCUCCUCCUCAUCCCAUCGCUGCUCGCCUCCCAUCUCCUGACGCUGGGAAUCGGAAUCUACAUAGGAAAGCGUCUGGCAGAGUCGACCACCAGUACCCUGUGACUGAGGGCAUCGUCGGGGGCGACGACUGCAGAUUCUGACCAAUCAGGUGGCAGCCCCCGUCGCUCUCUUUUCUGUCCGCACUUUGACCCGCACUCCCCCUCCUCCCACUUUGUUUCCUUGUCACCGGGGAAACAAGUGGCCUUUUUUUGUGUAAUACUACACUAGCCUGGCUCAACUCAGUUGGAAUUGGCUGGGAUUUGUGUCUCCAUAACGACAGGGAUACCCGCGUGAAUGUGUGCCCUAACCGAUGACGCGCUUGUCUUGUGUCCAUGACACUACAAACAUACACCCACCUAUUUAGUUUCAUGUAAUAGCCUGCAGUGAAAUUCUUUCGUUUCGUAUAGAGACCUUUUAUACAUUUGGUUUGUUUCAGACAGACGGAACAGCCACCAUUAUAACCGUGAUUAGUCUUUCAGCUUGAUGUUAAAUAUUCUCCCUUUAUUGCAUCCUAAUGUCAAUAGCUCAUUGAGAGACGAUUUAUUUCAGAUUAGUCUAGUAGUGUGAAAUGUUGUCCUAUUGUCUUUAGAAAACGACUAAUCAGAAAAUAAAUCGGUCCUUUCUCCACGAGCUGUUUUGUUUUGCAGGCGAAUAUCGUCGAACACAAAUCACUGUGUUGCGCUUCCGUCUCAACCUUACAACCCUAAAAAGGGGUGAGAAAUUAGCUUUUAAAUUAUAUCUGUUCCUAAACCGAUAUAAGCCUGAUUAAAAAAGGUAAUUUCUCACCCUUUUUAAUGAGGCUUAUAUCAUUAUAGGAACAAAUUUAAUAAUAACACGGUUGAAAAGCGAGUGCAUUCUGCGUGCAUUCUGAUACGUCUUCGACGCACCAGUUAUCGUUGUAAUUACUGUUCCAUAUCCUACAAUUUGAGAGAUAUCUUCUCGCUCUCAACAGCAAGCAGGGCUUACGUCACCGCGACCCACUGGGAGGCGCCGGGCCAGACGCGUUUCUGGUCACGCACUGGUGGAGACGUUACAUGUGGACCCCGGCAAGGUAGAGCUCUGCACGUUUUUUAAACCGGUAAUGGAAACGCAAAUCAGCGCGUCAUUGGUUUUGGUGUGGUUUGGCGCGGCCAUGUCAAACCCCCCAAAAAAGGAAGGGAAAGGGCCAGAGAAGUCCUUGUACUGCUGUCUCCCCUUCUCUCUCUUCGUACAGCCGUCUGUCCAGCCAUCAGUGUUCCAGGCAAGUCAGUGUCUUUCAGUCAGUCUGUCUGUCUGUGCUUGUGGUCGAUAUAUCGGCCAGAGAGAGUGGAUGUGUCCCAAGUCAGGUCGCUUGAAAUCUACUACUCCCAGACCAGCACUGACCUGUAUUUCUUUUUUUCUCCCCAAUCCAGUGUUGUACUAUCUUGCUUAAGGGCAUUCACCAGACUAGGUUUGAACAGACGUCAUGGAAUGACAUUUGUGGUCUAAAUGUAAAUGUAUCAUUGGUUGCACAGAUGCUGUAUCCUAUAAAGAAUAAAAAUGAUACAUGGCGGUUGCGUCUCCUAAACUGUUUUAACUAUUGACUGAUCGCCCUCAUGCUGACAACCGUAUUAAACAUUAAAACAUCACUCCUCACGA